GGCUCAUCGUCUAUCACUUCCUUCCGUUCGGCUUUUAAAUUUUGGUUCAGCUGGUUCUGAAGUUGUUGAAGUUCAGUUUCCUCGGAUCGGUUUGAGCGCUCGCCGAGACCAAGGAGCACGCGAUUGCACCUUUGGCGCCUCAUUGCGGGCAUCGAGUUUAAUUUCAUCAAAAGUGGAAGAUUGUUUUGAGUUAUUUAUCAUUUUGUAGAAGAGGACCAAUGCGGCACGCAGCUACAGAGGACACAAUGAAGGAGAACAUGAUGAAGCAAGAGAUGAAGAUAGAGUGGGAGGGGAAUCAUCCUGAGGAGGGAUCCCCAGUGGUGCCAAGGACUGCGGAGGAGCAGGCGGUGGAGAGCCCCCAGAGUGUCAUCACAGCAAGAAGACACGUUCGGACAAUUACCACAACCGGGCACAUCACAGAGACUAUUGCUGAGGGGGAGCCGGACUCUCCAGUGCCCAGUCCCCCUGAGAAACAGAACAGUAACAUGCAGGUGGUACCAGUGGCUCACCAGGAGCAGGAGGCGUAUCAGGAGCAGCAGUCACAGUAUAUUCACGUGGGUCAGGGGAGUCCGGGCGAGCAGAGGAGUAUCGAGCAGCAUCAGGUUAUUUAUAAUACGAGUAAUAGCGAGGAACUGCAGGUGGAGAAUCAGGAGGCCGAGGGACAGGCCAUUGGGCUGGCUAUUAAGGAUCAAACUCGCUACGCGACCCCAGUCCCGGAGAGAGCCGAAGUGGACAGAGUCUACAUCUCCUACGGGGAAGACAACGACGCUCGCCGAGGUGGUCCCGUGAUAACAGUCCAAGUGCCUGACCCCAGACGUCAACAGUCUCGAUUCAGUCCCCACGAGAAUGGCCAGGUGACGAGAUUCCAAAACUCCCCAGCCUCAGGGGAGGAUUACGAGGGGAGUGCGAUGGUCUCGCACCCCCCGACGAUCCACAUCCCAUCCCCACCGCACCCUUACUCACCACCUGUGGAGACCAUGCGGUGUCAGCAACAACAAGUGGUCCCCACGUACACCGAGGCCACAAUCAAGUACGACGUGGCAGCAGCUGUGCCCACGGAAAACCUGAAGACCAGCACUUACACCACUCUCGAGACUGUUGCACUACCUCCGGCGCAGACUGUUCAGUAUACUCCGUAUGUCACCGAUGGAUUUCAACCCACUGGCAGUUAUGCUUAUGCCAAACCUGGAGACAUCACUUAUCUGACUUAUCCCAGUGGACAGGCGAAUUUCAGAGCGGGAGAGGUGGAAUCUCGAGUCUACAUAAAGGGCGACCCCACCCUGACCUCCUCCUCCCUAAUUCCCACAAGAGCCCAGCUCCACUACGAUCAGCCAGGCUCUCCAAAUUCCCAAGUGACAAUCUAUCCAGGUCCCACCCAGGCCUUUCAGUACGUCAAGACCUCUGGAGAGACCUACUGGGCGGCCCCUCCAAGCUCCACAUCACCCCCAACCCUGGAUUACGUCCCGGGAUAUACCAUCCCCAUCACAACGAGCGAUGGAGGAAGCAUGAUGUACUCCGGAGGCGGAUACACCGUUGCCGGUGACAACGGUCCACCUUCUCCGUGGCCCACCAUUCCAGUGAGUGCCUCUGACGACGGCUUCGACCAUCAGUUGAUCCCAGUUGACUCCAAAGAGUGCGUCAACUGCGGAGCUAACAUGACCCCCUUGUGGAGAAGGGACGGCACUGGACAUUACUUGUGCAAUGCCUGCGGCAUUUAUAAUAAAAUGAAUGGAGCUAACAGACCCCCCAUGAGGUGUGGAGGGAAAAUCAAACAGAGCAUUGCACCGAGUGGACGUAGAACGGGCGUGCAAUGCGCAAAUUGUAGAACAAGCAACACAACAUUAUGGAGAAGAAAUAACAAUGGCGAGCCAGUAUGUAAUGCCUGCGGCCUCUACUUUAAGCUCCACAAUGUGAACAGGCCAUUGAGUAUGAAGAAAGAUGGCAUUCAAACCAGGAAGAGGAAGCCCAAAAAUCACACGGGCUUGAGCAGUGGCCUGGCUGGAUCCAGUGGCAUUCACAAGACCGAGAUGAAGUCAAACCUACUCGUGGACUCGAAGCUGCAGUUGAGUAUGUACGGGGGUGGGGUCGUUGAUGGGUUUGAGGAACACCAUUAUCUUGGUACAAUGACAACAUCCCAAAUGGGGCACGCGCACUCGCCCCUCGCAUUGCCCUCGGCCGCCGCACUCAAUCGUCAGACGACCCUUACCGUGCCCCCAUUAGAGCCGAUAACGAGUUAACGCCGCACCUCGAUCGCUCCUGAGCGCGUCAUAAUACACCGACUGUUGGUGAUACAGCCGUGAGGAUUUCUACCUGAUCACCUCCAUUGAUUAUCGACGGAACUCCCGGAGGGAGUCGCCACCUUGUGGCCGAGACCGAGAAGGAGAUCGAGAUGAUCCAGAUCAAGAACCGAUCACAGAAUUUCGAAAAUCCAUUUUCUGUACUGCGUCUCGCGAUUCCUCGUCUGGGAAUUGGGAACUGCAUAUUUCCGACACUCGAAAACUUGAGAUCACUACAAAAAAAUUUUGUCCCGAGCUGUUGCGAUGGGGAUUUUUACUCGUGCGGUUGGCCAGCCCUCGCCUUCGGCUCGGAUGCCAACGCCACGCGAGUAAAAACCCCAUCGCGAUAUUCCGGAAAAAUACUGUUCCGCAGAUCUCAAACGAAUUGAUUAAAUCCCCACAAAACAGUCAUAUCUGUUGUAAAGCCAUAGAAUUGACGAAUUCCGGGGCCUCGUCGGUGCUUGUACAUAGAUUUUAUACAUUUGUCCAAAGAUUUGUGUUAGUCUUAACUAAUUUUUAAAUAGAAUCCCCUGGAUUCAUUACUUUUAGAACACAUUUUAAUAUAUUUCUAAAAUAUAAUAAUUCGCUAUGAGAUUUUUAAAAAUGUCAAGAGAAUUUAAAUUGAAGCCAUGGAGUAAGAGCGAUGAAUUAGUUUGAAUUCAUUUGACGGAAAAUUUUUCACAUUAAGGGGAGGGGGUGGCCAAGUGUAGGAACAAGAACAGAUUAUAUAAUUUGGAAAAUCAAGUUCCCCGGAUCUCAGACGAAUCAAUUAAAUCCCCACAAUGACGAACAAUGAUUUACGCAUAAAGCUGCAGAAUUUAUGAAUUCUGGGGCCACGUUUUGUACAUUUGUCCAAAGAUUUAUGUUAGUCUUAACUAAUUUUUGAAUAGAAUCCCCUGGAUUCAUUACUUUUAGAACACAUUUUAAUAUAUUUCUAAAAUAUAAUAAUUCACUGUGAGAUUUUUACAAAUGUCAAGAGAAUUUAAAUUAAAUACAUGGAUUAAGUACGAUGAA